UGCGGCUUGUGUCUCUGCCUACUCCCGUGCGUAAGUGCGCACAGACAGAGGAGUGAAGUGAUGCACUCCCGAAAACGCAAAAUCUGAGCCUGAUAAAAAAGACAAAAACCUUCUGGGAAAGGCGUCUAAAUGCGCACUCGCUGGAGAGGAGUUCAGUUAAGUCAAGUUUAAUCCACAUAGGGUUUUUUGUUUUGUUUGUUCUUUUUAUUCCGCGCGUUUGUUUGUGGAUAAAGAUACGCGAGCAAAGAUGUUCAUCAGCGCGGAUAUUUCUGGACUUUUCGGCAUAUCAUGACCGUGCGCCCUGUCCCCUCUCUUCAGGUCUUUUCGUUUCCGCGCGAAGUUGAACGGAGGAGAGAGCACAAUGAGAGGGAAACACUUUCUCCCCUGCUUCUUGUUGCUCAAACUUAUGGCUCUCGUGUGCAAGGCUGGCGGGAUUCCAGGAGCGCUCGGGGGAUUCGUAAUGAUCGCCACCUCGAACGGCUCCACGCCGGAGGAGAGCGUGUCCGAGCAGACCCCGCACACGGAGGAAAGGUGUCGGGGUUACUACGACGUGAUGGGCCAGUAUGACCCGCCGUUCAUCUGCAAAACGGGCGUGUAUUUGUACUGCUGCGGUACCUGUGGCUUCCGCUUCUGCUGCUCCAUCAAGGAGUCGCGGCUCGACCAGGAAACCUGUACAAAUUAUGACACCCCGAUGUGGAUGAAGAGCGGGCAGACACCCUACAAGAAAACGAACAAGCCUCACGACAGCACCAAAGACAAGACGAACUUAAUAGUUUACGUCAUUUGUGGAGUAGUGGCGAUUAUGGCUCUUGUGGGGAUUUUCACCAAGCUGGGGCUGGAAAAGGCGCACCGACCCCAGAGAGAGAAUAUGUAUAGGGUCGUCGCCAAUGUGCUGCAGGGCGGGUGUCCAGGUGAGCAGUAUCGCGGGGAAGAGGCCCUAGGGAUGCAUUCGCAGCACUAUGUCGCCAGGGCCACAAACAUCCAGGGUGGCCAGAUUAACAACAACGUGGGACCGGCUUCAAACAUGGGCCAGCAGCACCCUUACCCUGCCCUCGGCCAGCUGUCUCACGUCUAUGAACAGCACCAGCAACAGCAACAGCUCCACCAACAGCAGCAGCAGCAACAGCAGAACAAGGAUCUCAACAAGUACGCCUCUCUGAAGGCUGUAGCUGCCAAGUACAACGGCGAACUGUACAACAAGCGUCGCCUGAUGGUAGAGAUGCCAGCAAAAGGACUUCCUCUGCAGCCCAUGGGCAACUCCCGACCAUCCAUGGCGUCCAUGGGCAACAUGUCAUCAGUGACUCCUCAGAUGACCACCAACCCCAUGGCUUCAAACCCUAUGAGCGCCAACCCUAUUAACCACGUCAUGACCCCAAUGACUUCAAUGACACCCAUGACCUCGCUCACCCCAAUGACUUCUAUGACUCCUAUGACUUCCCUCACCCCUAUGACCUCCAUGACUCCUAUGACUUCUUUGGGUCCACUGACUCCAGAGCCAGUGGCCACUUACGUCACCGAGAUGCCCAGCAUCUCCUCUGUCUCAACCCUGCCGACAGAACGGCACAUAGCCGCUGGAGGAGGAGGGGGACACAAGCCAAACGGCCAGAAACCCAAAGUCAGCCAUGGUCACACUGCCCACAGCUCUCACAGCUCUCACAGCUCUCACACUCAUCUUCACAGCCACAGUAGCAAGCCACCAGGACUUGGGGCUACCUCCCUGGCACACAUGGCGGGGACCAUGCCAGGUGGCACAUCCCUGGGCAUCUCCAGGGCUGCUGAGACUGUCAUUGGCCACGGCUCAGCUACAAUGGGCCGCCCACUGGCGUACAGUUCCAAUACAAUUGCGUCCUCACAUGCGAUGGGGCUGGGGCUGAAGGGCUGGGACGGGACUGAGACGGUGGGCCGGAGGAAGACCUACGGGCACAAGAGGCCUCAGUGUACCAUCCUGGAACCGAACCAGCUCCACAGCACUAGAGGCCACAGCCACAGCCAACACUUCCUCCCCACACAGCCCUACUUUGUGACCAACAGCAAGACAGAGGUGACAGUGUGAGAGAGAAAGACAAGAAGAAAUAAAAAGAGAGGAACAGGAUGCAUGUGGAGUGGUGACACGAGUAAUCUCUGAGUGGAGAUACAGUACCAGCUCUUGAGAUGUUCAAACGUGCAGAUCUUCACGUGUGUUUGUGUGUAGAAGUCGAGGGUCGUUGGUUUACUGUGUCCGAGUGGUCCUUGUUUCACAAACAAAGUUCACGACGAAAUCUCUCUAAAAGACCUUUGCUGUCAAAAGGACGGCCCCCGAGUAGGUGGCAUCUGUAACCAUACUAACAAAGAGCCUACAGAGCAGGGAUGUCUUUACACUUGUGGUGAUAUUAGAAUGUUGUCUCACAGCCAAUAUCUACUCCAUAAUGAUACCGAUAUUGGAGAAUUACAGUGCGACUGCUCUCAGAUGGGAAACUGCUGAUAAAAAAAAUGGAUUGGUUUAACAAACCAAACCUGAGAAGCAAUAUAAGGGAUCAGCUGUAGGCACUGAAGCAUCACGGGUAAUGAGAAAUACAGCAAUUACCCAUAAACCUCUUGACAAGAGGUGUGCUCACCUGUCCAGCAAAUACUGAAGGGUUUGGAAGAAAAAACACUUCCUCGUGAUUCACACCCAAAUCUCCCGAGGGCUUUCCAGCAGACACACACGAUGAGGGCCCUGGGCUUUGGACUGCAGACAUGAAGGCUUUGUACUGUGGCUUUUCACACGCACCUCCUUGAGCUGUGCGGCUGAAGGUCUCCCUUUUCCACAAGAAACUCCAGCACAGAGAGCGGAUGCUGUGGCACUGGUUUUAUUUUGUUCUGAUCUCGUCUGCGUGAUGACAGCUGACCCAGGGGAGGGACAGGGAGGCCGGGACGAAGCAUCUGCAUGAUGAAAAUGCACACAUUCAGAAAUACACGGACACGCAGAGUUACCACACAGUUGGGUUUUUAAUUAUUGAUGCCAGUGAAUUUAACUGGCAUCAAAAUUAAAUAGGUUUGAAAAUGCUCUUUUACGUGACACUUUUGACUUUUAGUAAUGGCAGCUACAUCAAAAAGACCAAUGUAAUCCAUGCACACACAGGAAACAUCUUUAAGUUUUCAAAAAACAUUAAAUUGCACAUUUAAAAAACAUUUUAGACAACAUGCUAUGUGGUAUAUGAGAAGACUGAUGCCACCUCUACAUGUCUCUGUGUUAAAUUUAAUGCUAGAGGCAGCAGAUAAUUAACCUAGCCUAAAAAAUAAAUAAAUAUAUGGAAUGAAUGUUAGAAACAGGAGGGGGAACCAUUAGCCCAGUUCUGUGCAAUCGAACAAUAAUGAAAUUGCCUUCAGGGACCUCAAAACAUCACUAAUUAAGAUGUUACAUCUACUUUAUUUAUUCUGGAAAAAAAGAAACCUAAGAGUAAAAAGGACAUCCUGUGGUUUUAAGUGGGGGGGUAUAUGUCAGACUUCACACUAGGUUGCCAGGCAACAAACUGUUGAACUAUUCCUCUAAAAGAAUUAAUAAAUAGUGCAAAAAAAAAACCAAAAACCCAACCGUGUUCUAAUGUAGCCGUGGUGAGGAUGAUCACGCUGGAAGCAGACAAAAUGACUAAUUUAAUUUAGACUUUGUGUGUGUGUUCCUUUUUUCUGAGUGUGCAAAGAUGAGACAUGCCCAGACAUUUUUACAAAGUGGACCAAAUGUAAGAGUUCUGACCUCUCAUCGUGUUAGAGUUUACAGAGCUCUGGGAUUUAAAAAGUCCUAAAACUGCCACAAAAAGAGCGCAAAGAACAAACACCUUGCUGUCGCCCGCGAGGCACUGCCACGAGAAGCUAGUCUCGAUCAGAUCACUAACUGUACUCAAGCUCCAGCUGAAAAAAAGAAACCCGGCACAACCAGCUGUAAGAAUCUAUCUGGGUUACAUGACUCAAACAUAAAAAUAAAUCCCCUUAAAUCUGGCAAAUAGGCCAAAUCUUCUAAGGGAUUCUCAAAGCCUAUUUGCUUGUUUUUUUCAUAUAAGAUAUAUUAGCAGCAGCAGCCACUGUUAUCAUGUAAAUCUUGUCUUCUAAAGUGCUUCAUCCACCUCUAUUAAUUCAGCGAAUUAAGAUGCUUUUUAAGUGAUCAGACUGCACUAAAAAUGAGAAGCAUUUGGCAGAAGCGUAAACACAGUUGACAGCAGACAGCAUCCCACUAACAAAGACAGAUUGUGAGGGCAUUUUUGGAUAGAGAACAAGGAAGAAAAAAGCCGGGGGGGUGUUUAAAGUAGGAAAACCUGAGAGGGAGAGGGCCACGUGACAAUCUUGUGAGAGUAAAGGAUAUGAAUAUCAGCGUAUACCUGAGACAGUUUUUUGCCGGCAUCAGCUGCACUGCAAGCAGUUUGGGCACGUUAUGGAUGGAGGUGUAAAAGGAGAACCUAAUACUGCAGUAAUACUGCAGGUUCUAAGUCGGACACGAGAAGAAACACCUAGGCCAGCUGAGCGCAUAGAUAAGGGGCUCUGAGGGAAUAUUUUUCCCCUCAUGCUGUGGAGCCCCCUGCUGCCUUCACGAUCACGUGACUGUAACCCGAGGCCAGAUUGAAGGCAUGGAACAGGAUUUAAUAAGUCAUCAGAGCAUUAAAAUGUGUCACCUACACACUUAACACACGCACACACACACACACGUGCGCACGCAUGUCGCGAACACAUUACAGGGUGGACUCUGCUUUCCUUGUGUUCCCACAGUGCCGAGCGGCAGGUGUCAUCACAGCAGAGAGACCAAGAGUCGGUACUGUUACCGCGCCUGUUGUACAUGAAAGACUGUGAAACUCCAGACCAUGGCCCUUUGUAGCGAUAACUGAUAUUAUGCUUUUUAUAUAUAAAUAUAUAUAUAUAUACAUAUAAAUUUACAUAGCCUUUCUCUCUUAAUCUAUUUCUUUUCAUCCUUUCCUCUUCUACACUUUUCCCCCUCCUCUUAUCCUUUUCUCUGUCAGUCUAAGGAGAAAGACCUUCAAAGUAAAUAUGUGAGAGAAAACAAAAAUGGGGCUGCGAUGAAUCUUUUCUGUAACAACAAAGUUCAGGCACAGUAAGACUGUGAGUCAUAAUAAGUUACCUUGAUAGACGUGAUUGGUUUCCCCGUGCACACUGUUCUCGCAGGAACUCCAAGUGAUCGAGUCUGCGAUUCCAGAAAAACGUUAUUUUGUACAACUGCGUGUCCUGUUGAACACUGCACACAUUUCACUGUUCACAAAGUGUGUGUUUGUGUGUGUGUGUGUGUGUGUGUGUGUGUAUAUCCAACCCUGGCUGAUGAUUUUGUGAUUAUUGUCUUUGAAGGAGUCAAAUUCAAACAAAGUCAUAUUUAAAAAGGAUUCAUAAGACUACAAAUACAUAUAUUUGUGUUUGGUGAUGCUAUGCAGGAUCCCCCCCUUAUACGUUCCUGUUUCCUGGCAGAUUGUGUUGUUUAGGACAGAGUUGAGAAACAGGUCAGUGUUCGCUGGACGUACAUUAUCAGACCCAAUUGGCUUAAUCCAGCAAGGCAGAAAUGUGGAAAUGUGAACCCUCCAUGCAACCUCUUGCUGGCAAAUCUUUGAAAGCUCAUCCAGCUCUGCGAAAGCAGCCAGCGGAACAAUUCGUAGGACGGUGGAAACAGUUGGCAAACAAAAAAGCAACCAACAAACCCCCCACCUCCCCCAUUGCUCAUUGUAACAGCCAAAUAAACCUGAUAUAAAGGAGGGAAUUUGUUUGAGCUGGCUGUGUCAUGGUUGAUAGGGUCAGGGCCACAGAUGAGUGGGUUCAGGAGGCAGUCAUGUCUGACAUUCCUCAUCAGACGAGUCAGCCAGACAAAAAAAUGCCAGAGCAGAAGGACACAGGUAGUCUGCAGGCUUAAAAAAGAGUUCAUUUAUUAGUGCAAUUUUUUUUACAGUCAGUACUGGCUUAACAUACUGCAAUAAUCUAUACGGUAUUAAAACUGCUGCAUAGGGAAAAGUAAUUCAGUGCAAAGUGUGGAAGUUUUCAUUAACUUGUGGGUUGAUGGUGCUGACCAACAGAAAGCUGCACAGUACAUCUUUUGCAUGAGAGUUGUACUCUCAUUUCAAAUUCUAAUCCUAAUAGGAAAUUGUACAAAGGUAUUUCAAAGCAAAAUAUUUUACUCCCUUGCCAACUGCAUUCGCUACAUUUGUUUUAGACCUGCAAAUUUUCGCUGGUCUUGAUAGACGGCCAUUGUUACAGUAAACUACCUGUGUCAACUGCUUUUUAUUAAUGAAUGCAUUGUUAGCGUUCUACCCAACCUGCCCUGUAGACCUGGUCAAAAGUUGUACAGUGUGACAUCAGUGCUGCAUUAAACUAAUUUAUUGAUGAACUGACAGUAAACAGCAGCGAGCAAUGAUCACAAGAACUAAUAUUGAUAAUCAAUCUCCAACCCUUCACGCCCAACUGGUCGCAGCAGAUGGCUGCCCCUCCCCGAGCCUGGAUU